AUGCCUCUCCCUGCCCUUCUCCCGUCGCGUCUCCGCCUUGCGCUGCUCCUCGCAGCAGUCGCCGCGUGCGUCGGCGCGUUGGUGGCUGUAGCGGGGACGCAUGUGGCGGGGCGGGAGUGCGAGAGCAGCUUCCCGCGGCUGUGCAAGUUCGUGGACGAUCUGCGCGACUCCAUUCCCGACGCUUCCUCCGCCGCGCCCAUCCGCAUCGGCGCCUACCAGAUCCCCCAGAAGCUGCACCGCGGCCUGCCGCCCACGAAGCUGUACGCGUAUGGUCGCAGCGCCGCCACCGCGCACUACCCCGGCCCCACGCUCGUCGCCCAGCGCGGCGUGCCCACCCAGGUGUACUGGGAGAACCACCUGACGGAUCGCCACCACAUGUUCCCCGUCGACUACACACUUGACGACGUCCCCCGCCCGCUGCUGGGCGGCAUUCCCAUCGUGACGCACCGGCACGGGGGCGAGCAGGCGUCCUUCUCAGACGGGCAUCCCGAGGCGUGGUUCACCCAAUACAGCGAGGUGGGGCGCGCCUUCCGCACGCGCCUCUACCGCUACCCCAACCACCAGCUGCCCACCACUCUGGUACCACGACCACACCGUCGCCAUCACCCGCCUCAACGUCGCCGCUGGCGUCGCCGGCUUCUUUGUCCUCACGGACCCGCGUGGCGUGGAGAGGACCCUCCAGUGGCUGCCCCAGGGGGAGUUCUGCGUGCCGCUGGCUCUGUCGGACCGAAGGUGUGGCCGUACCUGAACGUGAGGAGGGCGCUGUACCGCUUCCGGGUGUUGGGGGCGGCCAACACGUGCUUCUUCAAUCUGCGCUUUGUCUGCGCCACCCCCCGCAACUACCCCCACUUCACUCCGCCCUUCUCUGGCGACAAGCUGCCCAUCAUUGUGAUCGGGUCAGACGGGGGAUACCUUCCUCGCCCGGCAGUGCGCACAUCCCUGCUGGUGGCGCCGGGGGAGCGCUACGACAUUCUGGUCGACUUCUCCUCGCUGCGCUCCUCCUGUGCUGACGUCAUUCUCACCAACGACGCCCGGGCGCCCUUCCCUGCGGGCGAGCCAGUGACCAACGACACGGCCGUUGUCAUGCGCUUCAUUGUCGACCACCACAGCGCCCGCCUGCCCGCCCCGCGCAUCCCCAACACCCUCGUUGUGACCAGUCCCCCCUGUGGACACAUCCCAGGUGGUGCUGGAGAGGUGGAUCACAUUGACGCCCCGGGAGUGUGCUGGCAGAACACGGAGGAGCUGUGGCAUCUGAUCAACACGACGCCCGACGCGCACCCCAUCCACCUGCACCUCAUUCAGCACCGCCCGCUGUGGCGCCGCCCCUUCGACCUCGUCGCCUACAGCAGCGGCGCCUGCUCCUUCACCAACGUGUCGCUGCCCUCCUGCUUCACUGCCGCCCAGCAGCCAGUGGCGGCGUAUGAGCGCGGGUGGAAGGACACCACCAUCCUGCCGCCCGCCACCGUACUCACCCUCUGGACGCCCUGGUACUCCCAGGAUGGAACGCCCUUCCCCUUUGAUGCAACACGCGGGCCGGGGUACGUGUGGCACUGCCACAUUCUGGAGCACGUGGACAACUCCAUGAUGCGCCCCCUCAUCAUCACCAAGUGA